AUGUCAUCAUCCAACGAACAAAAGUCCCUCUUUGACGCCAAUGCCACUACAGCCAGUCCUCUAAAAUCUCUGACCGGUAUGGUGAUUGACAAGCUGAAUUUCAAUAUUUGUUCUUCCUACUUGGAACGUCAACUUGAGUUCGAGAUGAAUCAGGGUGAAGAUAUUUCAGCCAACUAUGGUGUCGUGGAGAUGAAGCAACAUAUGUUCGAUGAAGCAUCAGUUGUGGAAAGCGUCACCAGCCGAGCUUCAGAACCAUUCCAAAAGUUCACCAUAUGA